AUGAAAGGUUGGAUCACCCCCACCCUCUCUUCUGCGGCUUCCCAGCCAUCCUCCUCAAGCCUGACCGAAGCACUCGCCGACAGAAACGCCAAGAGAGUUGCCACUCCCUCCUUGGAAGCACACGGCUCUACCGCCAAAAAGUCGAGAAUGAGAGGAGAUGAAUCGAGCAUCAAUCCUCCCACGCCCGAAACGGCCCCACGUCAUCCAAUCGCCUCGACCCAGGACGAGCCUGACCCCGACUCCGACUCCGACGACAUCUCGUCAGACGAGGAUGACAACGGGGACGACGCCGACUCCGACGACGGCCAGUCCGGUGAACUGGACGACGGCUUUGCGAGGUGCAUGAGGGCGGAAGAGAUGCCUUCUACGAACCUGCCAGUCACGGGAGAUGACUUCUGGAUGAAGUAUCUCGUCAGGCCCCUCGAGAACCACGCAUAUCGCCUGGGCUUAAAGCCAACCCCACUACUCGACGCCACGCACAAGCGCCUUUCGGAGGUCUUGGACUUCGUUCUGGGCAGCAAGCGCGUGAAUUACUUCUGGACUGUCAACCCAAUGUCCAGGGGAAUUUGGGAGCGGCUGCUCGGGCUGUUGGGGCUCUACAUGCCGACCAACUUCCAAGAGCUCCUAGCAGGCCCAGAGCCCCCUUCUACCACCCAAAUCUAUUCCCACAUCGAAGCCAAUGGCGUAUGUUGUAACGAGGACGAGGACCGAUUAGACGAGCUGGAGGGCCGUGGCGAGGCUCAGAGUCGUUGUAUUGGCGCGUACUGGAAGGUGGCGUUGCCAGAAGACGAUGUCGACUUUGAGAAUACGGACGACGAAGAAGCCGACGAACAAGAAGCCAACGAACAAGAAGCCAACGAACAAGAUGCAGAAGUUCACACCCCCCCCCUGGUACGCUUAUACACGGGACAAACGUCGACCGUGAAACCCUCCGGCAAGACGAUGGGGUUCCGAGCACGAUGGAGAGGACAUGUGAGGGAAGCGUACAGUCAUGACGAAGCGGAUGCGCGAGACAGGUGGGUUCAAUGA